UCUACUGCUCUGGGUCAACCGUGACCGUGUUCUUCUUUUCUGUUUCUUUUCUAAAUUUCUUUUCCAUCAAAUAUUUGUUCUCAUGGCAGGCAUAUCCUGAAUGGACAUCAACUGCAAUCUUUUUGAAGUUCUUGCAACGAUAUUCAACUCAGCUUGUGCGGAUACUUUGACUUGGCCGACCCCAUAAAUGCCUUUCUUUGAGAAAAGGCGGUGGACUUUCUUUGCUUUGAAUGUGUACAAGCAACAAAUUACUUGAUAAAGAUGGGUAAUAAGCAAACAAUCUUCACCAAUGAGCAACUUGAUGCUUAUCAGGACUGCACGUUUUUCACUCGCAAAGAAAUUUUGCGGCUGCACAGCAGAUACCAUGAGUUGGCUCCACAUCUUGUACCAAUGGACUACACCAAUGAACCUGAUUGUAAACUGCCGUUAGCUCUGAUUGUCAACAUGCCAGAAUUAAAGGAAAACCCAUUUUGCAACCGGAUUGUGGAGGCAUUCUCAGAGGAUGGGAUGGGAAACCUCAGUUUCAAUGAAUUUGUGGAUAUGUUCUCAGUCCUCAGUGAAACGGCUCCAAGAGAACUUAAGGCCAUAUAUGCCUUUAAGAUAUAUGAUUUCAAUGUGGAUAAUUACGUGUGCAAGGAGGACCUUCAGAAGACUCUAAAUAGGCUGACAAAGGAAGAGUUGACUCCCGAGGAGGUUGAGUUGGUGUGUGAGAAAACCAUCGAGGAGGCAGAUUUGGAUGGAGACAACAAACUCUCCUACUCUGACUUUGAAAAUAUGAUAUCCAGGGCUCCAGAUUUUUUAAGCACAUUUCAUAUCCGUAUCUGAGAUGUGUGGUUUGCCGGUUUUGAUGUCGGCAGCUUGAUGAACCUGGGGGCUGAAUUAUAGCCAGCCCUGGCCCAGCACCACUCUGGUCUCCAGUCAAAUAGAAAGUCAACUCUUCUUAAUAUGGUCUUAACUAAAGAAUACAUGCUAAAUUUUAGUAAAAUACAUUCCUCUGUUUUUUGGUGUACCCUGAAGCUCUGCUUGGACUUCUUCUGUUCAGUAUUUUCUAUCAGUGUGACAUUCAAUUCCAUUGUUACACGGAUGACAUCUGGGUCUACCUGUCCACCAAAUCCAAGUGUAUUUGUAAAAUUUGAAAGACAGGAAAAGGCGUUGAAGAGCAUAACCACAGCUUUAAGAGGAUUGUGAAGAAAAAGCACUUUCAAGAGUUUGGGGUCAAGAUUCACUAGACAAUUAAUGAGUCAUAAAUUAAAUUUACUUCUCAGUUUAUUGGAAUGCACCUGUGCUUUUCUAGUUACAACAUAAUGGAGCUAUAGGAGUUAAACAUCUUUUAACAUUUUAAAAUUGAAAAAAUGUGAUAAACUGAUGUAAAAAAUACAUUUUUCCUUUCAAAUCAAUUCAGAAGUGCAUAAUAAUAUUCCACUGUAAAAAUAUUUAAAUUCCAUUUUCUUCAUAUGUGUAUUUACUACAUAUUCAGUAUUCAUAAAAGUAUGGACAUAGCCUAAAAUAAAUGAAAGCACAUGCGUUCAAACCUUUUAUGUGCUUGUGUUUAAUAUCUAGUUGUAUGCAAGGCUGUAGACAGUCAUAUCUAGGUCAUCAAGACUAAUUUUAGGACUCAUCUUCUGUCACAGCAGCUAGCAUGAGAUGUCAGUUGUUUGCCAUCCUUGGGGAAUAUUUGUUGGACAAAGUUUUGUGAUGUCAGAUGUUUGUCUUCUUUUGAGUAAAUGCCUAUUUUGUGUGU